GUGUUGAGUGAGCAGGUGAUGUGCCAGGACUUCCAUUUAUUCACAGAGGAAUGCUUGUUUCUGACAAUAAAACACAUGGGAGAGUCUAAGUUUCUUUCUAAGCAGAUUAUUUAAAAGGAGAAAAACUUUUUUCAACCAAAAAUGUCAGGGAGCCCCGUGGCUGGUUCCUUUGCCAUAGCAGAUUAUGUGGUUUUUGCUCUCAUGCUGCUGAUUUCUGCUGCCAUUGGGGUCUACUAUGCCUGGACCGACAGGAGUCAGAGAAGCUCCAGGGACUUCCUGACUGGGGGCCGCAAGCUGACUGCCCUGCCUGUCUCUAUGUCCCUGACCGCCAGCUUCAUGUCGGCCAUCACGGUGCUGGCAAACCCUGCUGAGGUAUACCGCUACGGAGCCAGCAUUGGAUUUUAUGCUGUCUCUUAUGUAUUCACAAUGCUCAUAACCUCUGAGGUCUUUCUCCCAGUCUUCUACAAGCUGAGCAUCACAAGCACAUAUGAGUACCUGGAGCUGCGUUUCAACAGAGCGACCCGUCUGCUGGGAACCAUGCUCUUCAUUGUUCAGACAAUCCUUUAUACUGGGAUUGUCAUCUAUGCUCCGGCUCUUGCUUUAAACCAAGUGACUGGUAUGAAUCUGUGGGGCGCUGUUAUUUCAACAGGAGUGGUCUGUACCUUUUACUGUACAAUGGGAGGUCUAAAGGCAGUGGUGUGGACAGAUGUAAUUCAGCUUGGUGUCAUGCUUGCAGGCUUCCUCACCGUCAUCAUUCGGUCUGUAGUCUUAAAAGGUGGAGUCAUCACCAUCAUCUCUGACUCACAACACGGAGGAAGACUAAAUCUUUCAGACUUUGAUCCAAACCCACUACGGAGGCACACAUUUUGGACGCUGUCCAUCGGAGGAACGUUUAUUUGGCUCAGUGUCUAUGGAAUCAACCAGGCCCAGGUUCAAAGAUACAUCUCUUGCAAGAGCAUGACUCACGCCAAACUUUCGUUAUACAUCAACUUGGUGGGUCUUUGGUCCAUUUUGCUGAGCUCAGUGUUUGCAGGAAUGUGUCUGUUCUCAGUAUAUAAGAGUUGUGACCCCUGGACCACUGGACGUAUUUCUGCUCCUGACCAGCUGAUGCCGUAUUUGGUGAUGGACAUCUUAGGAGAUUAUCCAGGCCUUCCUGGACUUUUUGUUGCAGCAGCUUAUAGUGGAUCUCUGAGCACAGUGUCUUCCAGCAUCAAUGCACUAGCUACAGUGACAGUGGAGGACAUCAUAAGACCGAACACAAACUUUUCAGAAAAGCACCUGUCCUGGAUGUCAAAAGGAAUGAGUUUUUUCUAUGGUGUUUUGUGCAUUGGGAUGGCUGGACUGGCCUCGCUUAUGGGAGGAAUCUUGCAGGCAACUAUCAGUAUUUUUGGGAUCAUUGGAGGUCCCUUGCUUGGCUUAUUCAUGCUGGGAAUUUUGUGUCCACUGGCCAACUCUAAAGGAGCUUUGUCAGGCCUUGUGUCAGGUCUAGUGUUGUCUCUGUGGGUGGGCAUUGGAGCUCAGAUAUACCCUCCACCUCAUGACAUGAGCCGACCUCUACCACUGUCCACUGAUGGCUGUAACCUUACCAUGGCCCAUGGCUUCAAUUGGACCUCCAGCGCUCUGCCAAUCCAGAACUCCACUGCAGUAACUCCAGUUCAUGACGAUGGCAAGCCCGUGCUGGCUGAGCUGUAUGCUCUGUCCUACCUUUACUUCAGUCCACUGGGAACCAUAGUAGCUAUCAGUGUAGGACUGAUUGUCAGCAUCUUGACAGGUGGCUGCAAACUCAAAGUGGAGUCAAGGCUUAUGUUACAGAAGGAAGACACAACCUGUUAUUAUUUCAUCAAGAUGCUAAAACGCAAAAUCAAGAGUCGAAGUGGACAUCUGGACCUGAAGGACAGAGAGAUGACAUUUGGCAAUGCUAAUCCUGCUUUUAGUGACUUUGAGCUGGAUCUUGCAAAAAGUGCCGUUUCUUGAUGAAAAGAACUAAUGUGUCGUCAACAAUUUAGAGUGCUGAAACAUUUUUGUCUGGCCUUGUAGAAAGGAAUGCUGAUAAAAAAAGAGGAGCAAUACUGUGAGUUGCUUAUUUGCAAGAAUACAAAGUAGAACUGUCAUCAAUAUGAAUCAAAAAGAGCAAUCAUUGCAGCAGAAAACCUUGGUACAUGGGAUUCUGUUUUACAAAUGGGAUUUCUUAAACCUCCUGUUUUGUACAAAAUAUACAUAAUUUAAGCACUUUUUCACAGAAGGGCCAAAGUAUCAUUUCAUAGAUAGAACAGUGCCUGCAUAUUUACUCAGUGUACCUGUCAGGAAUGCUUAGAAAACCUACAAAAACACAGUCGGACAGAUUGUCUUAUUGUAGGGCAGUUCGCAGAAACUUCUGUAUGCAACAAGGACUUCUAGUGACAUUAGGAGACUGUCUUAAUUAACAAGUAAAUACUUUGCUGUUUCUCUAAUUUCCUGCCAAAUGUGAGGUUGGCUCACAGACUAUGUGGUGUAUUUUUAUGUUGGCUGUGACCAGGAACACUGGGAAAAAAAAAAAAAAAACAUUCUAGGAAACUGGUGGUUGCACACAACUGUUUCUGUCAUUUUAAUCAUCCGCAUCAUGUCACCUAUCACAAUGUGUGUCCUGCUCUCUGCAGUAAAAUUUACUGAUCAACCUAAAGAGCAGCAACAUCUAUAAAAGCAGGAGUAAGCAGUGUGUUUUAUCACAACUUUAAGUUGUAAAAACAUCAGGGUUGACCUUUGCCUUUAGAUUAAAAGGCUGCCUCAAUCUUCGGAGAGUUUUUCUCAACAAUUUCAUUAUUGUAAUCCUGCAAUGAGAACGAUUUUACUCACAUGGGAAACAUUUAAAACAGCUGGCAAUCUUCCCAGGGGUAGACAUCCAGGGAGAUUCAAAUCAAGAUUAUAUCAGACAAUGUUCGAAGAAGUUGCAAAAUCCACAUGAACUAAAUGAACCACACAACUUCACAAUGUUUUUUGGACAGACCAUAUAAAUGUAAAUUUUGAUGGCAUAAUUAACAUAAUAAUCUAAAGGGUUUACACCCCAAGUGAAACAAGGCUCUACCAUACUUUUUCCAAAAUCAGGAAUGGAUGAAAGAUUUAUGACUAAGUUGCAUCCAAUAACACUGCUAAAUUAUCAUUAUAAGAUAUUUACAUAUGUGAAUGCCAACAGGCUAAUAAAAGGUAAAGCACAGAUCAUAACUGACACACAGUCAGGUUUCCUUAAAACAAUAUGGAUCCAAAGCAACAUGAAACUGGAUUUGGAUUUAUUUAGAAUAUAGACAUUUAACUGAAGAUGAUGGAGCAGUAAUUGGUUUUAGACCUUAACAAGGAUUUUGAUAUGAAUAAAAAUUAUUUUAUUUUAAAAGCUUUGGAAUAUUUUGGGUUCAGUAACAAGUGUGUUCAUCUCUUUAAUCUAAUAUGAAUAAUUCUGUUUCCUUGGUUUUUGAAACCAGUUUGAUGCUAGAGGAAGUAUUUAGCAGGGUUGUUUGUCUUUGUCUUCACUGUUUAUUCCUGCAGCUGAGCUAUCAGCAGUAUUUGUAAAACACAAAAAUGCCUGUUUAUCAGUCAGUUAGUGGAGUAUGUCACUCUUUUUUAAAGAGAUUUCACUGUAUUGGAAAUAUUUUCACAAAUCUUCUGGGUUGCAUUUAAACAUGUUUAAAUGUGACUUAUUGGCAGGUCAUGGUCAUUAGUAGGUAAGGUCAAGAUAAGGUCAAAACAAACAUGAAACAUGAAGCUAUAAGAGAAAUUUUAAAGAUUCCAAUGUAUAUUAGACAUUUGGCUUCAAGCUGAUUUAUCCAUCCUCCAUUUGUGUAAGACAAAAUGUUUAGACACAUUGAAAAAAUAUGUAAAUAAAUGUCACUAUUUAUGAGAAAUUACACAAUAACAGUGGAAAGGAAGAUGGUUUAAAUAUGUGACCUUAAAGUGUCAUUUUAUUGACACUUUUUAGGUCACAUUUUGUUAAUCAGGAAGAAACAUUUGAUUAUAAAGAUAUAAAAGAUGUGACGUAGAAUGACCUUUUUUUGCAUUUAGUGCUCCACUUACCUGUUUAUUAUGUAGCAAAUUCAAAUUGAUCUAAUUCAUUUGUAUAAAAGCAGGUGGUUGCACUGGAUGUUAUUUGGGAGAUCAGAGCAAAGGGAGCUGAAUACCUUUCAGAUUUAAUUUGCAAAAACCAUCUGAAAACCAUGUAUCCUUUUUCGUCCACUUCACAAUUACUUACUACUUUGUGCCGGUCUAUCACAUAGAUUCCUAAUAAAAUACGAUAAGGUGUGUGGUUGCAAUGUGACAAAAUGUGAAAAUGUUUGGUAAAGCAUUAAUAAAUUACUGUUUUUUAUGUGAGUUAGACAUGUUUGUUAUUAAAACUGUUGCUUUUUCCUUAGUGUCAUUCAGUGUGGUAUGAAAGGAACUUUGCAGUCUUAAAUUUUGUAUUCGGUUUUGUUUAGAUCCUUAUCUCUUGUGUUUAAUCAGGUUAAUCUUGAAUUUAUGUUUUCCUGCAUGUCUCUUUGUAACUUUCUGUUCUGUGACUGAUAGACACCUAAGAAUAAUAAGGUAUGGGCAAAAAGCAAUCAGAACAUUUUUCAUUUCAUCAUUCAGAUUUAUAUUAACACUUAGUUAAUUUAUAUGGCGAUGAAUGCUGAAAAUGCUCAUUCGUCUUUUAUUUAUUCUAACAUUUUCCAGUCUCCAGGUAAAUAUUAAAUAGGGAUCUUUUAUGUUAAACACUAACACUGAUUGCUAAAGUUUUUAUUACUUUACAACGGUAAGGUUUGUGAGGCUCAGAAAUGAAACUGACAAGAAAAGGAAGGCUUCCCAAACGCGUAUCUUAUUGAUGUACAUGCUCUCAUGCAAUAAGGGUUGCUUAUUUAAUGCAUUCAGUAUUUUAUAUUGAAACAUAACCUAUAACUGACUUUUGUAGUUUCUAGAUGUAGAAGAAACCAGAUAUUUAAAUAAACUGUGAAAGAUGA